AUGCGCGUCUCGAGGUUCGCGCUGUGUUCGCUGGGCGUCGCGACGGCGCUGCGGCCGCAGACGUCGUCCUUCGCGCGGCGCGCGGCGCGCGCUGCGUCGACGGCGGAGGACUGCGGCUGCGAGGUGACCUACGGCGGCGACGUUCCGGCGUCGGCGAAGACGAUGGACCACCUCGCCGCCGUGCGCGACCUCGAGGCCUUCGACGCCGCGACGGGCGGCGCGACGACGCUCGGCGCGAAGCUCGGCGGCGACCGCGUCGCCGUCGUCUCGUUCCUCCGGAGCUUCGGCUGACCCUUCUGCCAGGAGCUGCUCGUGCAGCUCGAGCGGCGGCGGCCGGCGCUCGAGGCCGCGGGCGUGGGCCUCGUCGCCGUCGGCAUCGGCACGCCGGAGAAGGGCCGGCUCGUGGCGGACCACGUCGGCUACGACGCGUCGCGGCUCUUGGCGGACCCGGAGAACGCGCUCUACGACGCGCUGGCGCUCAACGCGGGCGUCGGGCGGACCUUCUUCAACCCGGCGACGCCCUACGCCAUCCUCGACCGGCUCCAGUCGGGCACGGGCGGCGACCUGGGCGACGUCCUCGGCAAGUGGCUCCCCGGCGGCGGGCCGUCCGGCGAGGGCGCGUUCAUCAUCCCGCCGAAACAAGCCCAGGCGUUCAACCAGGGCGGCAUGUUCGUCUUCGCCGACGGCGCGUCGCGCUUCGUCCACUACGACGCCUCGACGGGCGCGCACGCGGACGUCGACGCCGUCGUCGACCUCGCGCUCUCGCUC